AUGGCAAGAAAGCCCAACGAAAAUCGACCAAGGAAAGAUUCCGGUGAUUCUGGUGUUUCUGGCGAUUCUGGCGACUCUGGUGUCGAUGUCAGAAGCUCGGUAAAGACUCAAACUCUUAACCCCAUGGCAAAGGAGUUCUCAUUUAUUGUCCCCAAGCAAGAUCCCAUCAAGGUGGAAAGCCCCGAAGAAACGUCUAUCAGCAUUCCCCUCUCAAUGCUCAAGAAGAUAUUGGGCAGUAGUAGCCCUUCCAAUAUCAUUGAUGCUCCCCCGCAGAGUCUGGACGAAAUCAUUGCCAACACAAUCCAACGAUUUGGUAUUCCCGAAGCGCGACCGCAAUACAUGUCGCCACCGGAUCCCUUUUCGACUCUCGUGAUGAGUCCGACUUUGCAGUCGCCCUUUCUUCAGCAUACUACUCCACCACCCAUAAGUCCCACUUUCGGACUCCAUAACAACUCAACGACGUCUCCGUUUGGCAUGUUCUCACAGAUACCGGGUGCGCCAUUGAAUCAGUCUGCUGCAGGCUUCGUCCCGUUUGUUCCUCCGAGUACGGCCGGUAUUCCUUCCCGGCUACCACCAUUUGGUUCGCAGCCUAACCUGCCAGCUCCCGUUCAACCUCCAUCUGGAUACGUCCCCCAGAUGAAAAGUUGUUUCAUGCCAGCUCCCGACUAUGGUCGACAGAUGGCUAACGGUCCAUCGAUGCCCGGUUCUGGAUUUAUUCCGCACCCUAACUCUUACUUUCCCCCACAGCAACCGUCGAUGCCAAAUCAGGGCAACUUCUUCAAUUCAAACACAGCUCCUUCAUCUGUGCCCUGCAUAGCCCCAAGACCCGCUCGUAAACCGCGAGUACCUGACGCGUUUGCUCAGCAAAAUUACGAGGCUUACAUCGAAUGGCGCAAGGCGAACGAACCGGGAUAUGCUCACGAAUGCAAGGACCGGCAAAUCAGAAGGGCAAAACGGCUCAAGGGCGCCGACUCGCGCCCCUAAAGCAACGGCACAGCCGCUCACAGUUCUUGAUAAUGAGAGACACGAAAAAAAAUGCAUUGAUUAGGUUUGGGAUGAACCAUUUCAGCAAACAAAGUCUGGAUCCUCGAGAUUCACGACUAGCCGCAUUUAUAAGCUGACAAUACUUUGUAUUGAUUAUCGGAAAUUGGCCAGAGUGUAUGAGAGGAUGUUUGAAGUAGGCACGAUUAUCUGUCAUGGCAUGAUGCAUCAUGGGGACUGGAUUCAAUAGCUAUGGCGGGUUGAGCGAUGAUGGGACAGUUGGAGCA